UAACACAAAGAUGAAGUAGAAGAAGAAGACAGCAGCGGAAGAAGAUGUGCGAGUUUCGUUUCCGAGUGACCUACUUAGCUUAUCCUAUUAGCAUCAGUUAAUAAUCUUUAUGUCCAACAAUGGAAUCGGCCGUUCUUAAUUUAGCAGUUAGCAUUUUUUGACGGCUAGUUUCUGAAUAUUCAGCCAAGAAGCGAUACAAAACAAAGAAGCAUUGCUAUCUUAAAGCGUAGGAUAGCCGUUGUUAGCCUCCUAUGAUUUAACGUUAGCUAACGUUAGGCUGGCUGCGAUUAAAAUGAGAUGUCAAACGUUAGCUAGCUGCGUUGGAAAUUCACCUGUGUGGUAACGUUACGGGCUGUUAGUGUUAUCUGGAUAGCUAAUUAUCAAUAGCUGGCCGAUUAACGUUACACAUUUAGCUAGCUAUCUUGGCUGAUCUAACGUUAGGUUCACUCUUGCAGCUCCCUUGGAUGUUCAGUGUGUCAGGAAGUGAAUCUUCAGCCCCAUGUCUGCUGAGGCUUCAGUAGGCAGUCAUGCUGCUGACUCUACCCAGUCUGCUGUUUCCCAGCCUGUCUUCCACAACACAGAUGAGCUCCGAAAUUGUGGUCUGAUAGGAAGCAAGUAUGUCAAAUUAAAUGUGGGUGGCUCGCUGCAUUAUACCACUGUCCAGACAUUAAGCAAGGAGGACAGUCUCUUGCGGAGCAUAUGCAAUGGAGGAACAGAGGUUUCCAUAGACUCAGAAGGUUGGGUAGUUUUGGAUAGGUGUGGCAGACAUUUUGGACUGGUUUUGAACUUCCUACGAGAUGGCUCAGUACCACUUCCGGAGGAGCACAGGGAACUGGAUGAGGUUCUGAAGGAGGCCCAGUAUUAUCGCGUCCAGGGACUCGUCCAGCACUGCCUCAGUGCCAUGCAGAAACAAAAGGAUGUCUUUGAAACUGUGUGUCGUAUCCCCAUGAUCACCUCAGCCAAAGAAGAACAGAAGAUGAUUGCUACUUGUAGAAAGCCGGUAGUAAAAUUGCAGAACAACAGAGGAAACAACAAAUACUCUUACACCAGCAACUCUGAUGAUAACCUGCUGAAGAACAUUGAACUGUUUGACAAACUCGUGCUCCGAUUUAAUGGCCGCGUCCUGUUUGUCAAAGACGUGCUUGGGGAUGAGAUCUGCUGCUGGUCUUUCUACGGCGAAGGACGCAAGAUUGCUGAAGUAUGCUGCACUUCCAUUGUCUAUGCCACAGAGAAGAAGCAGACCAAAGUGGAAUUUCCUGAGGCUCGAAUCUUUGAAGAAACCCUUAAUAUCCUCAUUUAUGAGAAUGGCAGAGGAUUUGGUCCCGGAGGCUUACACCUUUUAGACUCCAGAGGCUCAGGUUCAUCACUGGGAGCUGAGGAAGAGGGCGCUACGGGAGGCGACAGGCGAGUCAGACGGAUCCACGUACGGAGGCAUAUAAUGCAUGACGAAAGAGGGCACGGUCAGCAAACUGUGUAUAAGGACUAAUAAUGUGAAAACAUAAGACACGGGAGAGUGACUUUGUGUAUGUUCAUUGUUUCUUGGAUGCUAGAAUGAAAGAGAUGUCCUCGAACAUGGCAAUAGCUCGGUAGGUAGUUAUUUCAUUAAACAUCUUUAGAUGUCGCCUCACAGAAAUGUAGGAGUUGAUGACUGAUCUGUAACUGAAGUAAGAGUCGUUUGGAUGUGAAAAAUGCUUCUGUUUACAAGAGAACAAAUUGUGUACAUUAUUUAAAUAGGAAAUUACCUGGGAAAUGAAACUGGCAUAAAUCGAACUUUGCAAAUGUUAAGGAACCUCCUGCGAGUUACUGAAUGGGCCUGAAAUCCCAACGGUCACCGCACCUGUUAAUGUGGGUGUUAAUGACAUGCACUGGCACCCUCCUCUGUGUUUGACUUAUUCAGGUUGUAAAUCAUCUGUUGCCUUUUCAUAAGUUGGACUGAUAUGCUGCCUGACAGUGAUAAACAGAGGACGGUCAAUUUUAGCCUAGAUAUGUUAACACUGGAAUAAAACUGAGUAGCCAUUUUUAGGGAUGUUGUCUAUGAAUGAGAUUGUUGAGCAGCUCCAUUUUCUUUAUUUAAAUGCUUACUGCUGUUGCUUCAAGAUGUUUUUAUUAAUUAAUUUAUGAACCUAAUUUAUUGUUUGGUAUUUAACUUUUGUAUUGUAUGCAAUCUUUGUGUUGACUAGUGCUCAACUGAGUUAAAAUGUUUGGAACGAUAUGACGGACUCUUUGGAGCACACCAGAUUUUGAAUUUACUCCUGCAAAUGACUAAAUAUUGAACUUACAUUUCAGUUUAAUGUUUCAAGAUGAACCGUGACCAUUUCUUUGAUAGUGUUUUAUUCUGAGCCAUGAUCUUCCACUUUCGCUUUACAGUAUGUUUUACACCAAACCACUGAAAUUUGCUCAACGUAAUUGGCCACACAGUGAUGAUAAAAGCAAAUAAAACUUAUUUUUCUUCUCCUCAGGGAGAGGAUACACAUUUCCUUUUUGAUAUUCACCAGUGUCUUGUGUAAACCUAAUCACACCUAAUACUGGAAGAAAAAAAAACAUUGUAUUAGAGCAAUAUGUAUCUCAGACACUCUAUAAAAAAUCAUCUUGGAAUACCUUCAAAUAUGCACUAAUUUGCCUUUUCCGUCCAAUAGUGGUCAUGGGAAUGUUCUGAUUAAAUUACUUGUGAAAUCCAA